GUCUCCUUGUGUUGACGUCGGGAGUGCUGCGGGUUUUUUUUUGGAGCGUUUUGUUCACAUGAGAGCGGUUUUUCGACUCGAAAAGUCGGGCUAGGGCAUCUUCGGAGAGCGUAGGACUCGGGGGAUUUUGGGGAGGCGCGGGGAGGAUUACGAUGAUGGAUGUGGACCUGCUGAGACCGGGAACUGUCCCCAUAUCGCCGGACACGGUUCUCUGGUUUGAGUUCCUGCUGAACCCGGGGUUGCUGGAGGUGCAUAUCUCCAAGUCCUUCCCAGAUCCAUCACCAACAGACCUGAUGAUAAAAUUCAUGUCGAUAAAUCUCGACCAGAAGGACAACGACGUGAAGAUAAUCGACCCAGAGCAGCUAGAAAAUGGGACAGUUACGAGAAAGUGGUCUCAUAAAAGUGUAGCCCUGAAAAUUCUGUCUUUAAAAGUGGCAGCUCACCUCAAAUGGGAUCUGGAUAUUCUCGAGAGGAAAUUGCCACUGCCAAUGCAACUAACUUUUCUGCAGGACCUAUUCUAUGUGACUGGAGACGUAAUGGUGGAGAUACCUAGUCUAUUGGAGUUCCCUCUGGAAUCCGUCAGCGAUCAGCUGCUAUUUACCAUUGUUCUGUAUCACAGGUGGACUCUGAGGGCUAUCGUCAACAGGGCGUUAAAUAGUAAACAGAAUAAGACGCAUUUGAUUCAUCUUCCCGGAAUUCAGGAGCCCUCCUUCUUCUACAUUGGUGUCCCCCCAGCCCUCAUAGACGACAUAAUGCGAAAAGUUGAGAUGCAGGUGUCCUACAGCAUCGAGGUCCUCAACACAGUCCUCCAGAUGACGAACCUGAACCCAAAAGUCCUGACCUUCGACACAUUCCAGAUACUCACAGAAGACACGACCGAGAUAAAACAGAACUGGGAGAACAUGAGGAGCAUCUCCGUGGAGGAAUUCAAGUGUCAGAUUCACUACGACUUGGCCACGUUCCACCUCUUGCGCGAGGAGUACUCGAUGGUCAAGUACCACGUCUCCCUGGCUAAGGAACUCUUCGACACUCUGAACACAGGGGAAACCUUGCUCUACUGCAGAGUCCAGAAGGAGAACCUGGAGGGCUACUGUCACGCCACCAACGUCAGGAUCCCUGGGGUGACCCAGGGGUUGACGCAGCAAUUUCAUGCCUCUGUCAAAGAUCAGUACCGAAAUAUCGUCGAGAUCCUGGAGGAGGAUAAUAAGCAGCGAGAGAUUCCCAUGAUCUACAGGGACAAUUUGGAGCUCGAUAUACAGGGGGGAUUGAUCAAUCGGAAGAUCGUCGUUUCUAAGGAUUUACUUAUGAAGAUUCAGUGUUUGAAUCUAGUUAGAAAGGUCCUAGACGGCGAAGUAGUCCAAAACAACUUCCUCACAGAGCUGAAGUCACCCGAAUCGAAAGGACUCGACGUUCUCCUCGCCUCCUUCGACAGUGCCCUGGCGAGCCCCUCCCCCUCCGCCAAGAAACGAAUCUCCAGGUACCUCCUCUACCUCGUGAUGAUGUCGAGCAUCCCGGACCUGCCAAAACGCCUGUUGUCCACCGAAAAAUACAGAGCCCUCUUCACCCCAGGUGAACUCACCGAAAUCGAUCGAGAGGGAUCGCCAACAGAUCUCGAGCUUCCCCCCCUGCUCCUCAGCGACGACUGGGGAGUCUCUCUGAUCACCUACACCCAGAGCCCGAGGUUCAACAUGGCGGACCUGGAGCGUCAGCUGACCCUCUCCUACGACCCAGACGACAUCCGAGAGAUCCUGAUAAACCUCGAUGGAAAAAACCCCACGAAUCCCCCCUGGAGGGUCAGCAGCAGGUGGGAAUUACCCAUUCCCUUGCAAAGUGUUGUGAUGGCCCUCCCCAGGAGUCUCUACCAGGACUUCGCGUACAUCCUCCUGGCGAAGAGCAGGGAACUAGUCGCCUGCAAGGACUUCGCAGGGGCCAAAGUACUCCUGACAGCCCUCGAGCAAGACACGAAGAGAGAAAAGAACUCUCAAAAUCCAAUGAACCCUAUGUACAAGCUGCUGAAGCUCAUCAGCUGGGAGUACAUCCUGGUGGACAUCUGGAGUUAUUUGAAUAGCGUCCCGCCAGGCCAGCUCCCGGAGGGAGAGGCCAACAAGCUCGUGGAGGACUGCAAACAGUGCCUGGGGAGCCUCCAGGCCACUGACCAGGUCAUUCCCAGACAAGAGGUCAUCGAGUACUGCACAGUAUUCUUGUUGAAUAUGGGAGAGUGGGAGUACCUCGCGAAUCUCGAGAAGAGGUGGAGUCACUGCGAGUUCUCGUCCGCAAUCAGUGUUGUUUGUCAGGAUGUCGUCAAGUUCAAGGGUUCCAAGAAGUUCCCCAGGGAGGCUUGGGACAUGAUUUUGCAGGCGUUUGGACCCAACAGGGACCAGCCACUCAAGAGGUCGAGCUCAGGGGGCGGAGGCAGUGGGAGCUCCAACAAGGAUCUCAUGGCGAGCAUAUCGGGGACGUUGUCGCGGCUGAGGGAGCCCACUGCGUUGAGCAUUGUCAUUUCGUUGCUGGUUAGGCUUCACAACGUCCUGAGGGAUGAGCCCAGUUUGGAACUUUAUACGCAACAUCUGGCACUCUGGCCCGCCAGCAUUCCCAAUUCUAAUUCGUAUAAUAUCAGGAGCAUCGCGGAGUUCUUGUUUCAAUUGCUGAUACAGGCGCUCAAAUUUUAUCCCACUAAUGUGUCGUGGCUGAGGGUCAUGGGUGAUCUCAAUUUUGUUCUGGGAUACUACGAAUCAGCGAUAAAAUACUACUUGGAAGCAAUAAUGGUCUCCAGUGAUCUAUUCAGUCAGCAAGUGCCCCGUCCCCUGCAGUCAGUCUACUGGCGCAUGAUAAAAUGCUGUGCACAUCUCCAGUGCUACACCCAAGCCACUGUUCUCUGUCAAUUCCUGGAGGACGUGAAUUACUCUCUUGCGUUCAAGAUGGCAUCGAGCGAUCAGAAGAGCUGCGCGACUGCCGACGCCAUGGACGCGUACUACCAUUGCAUAUGGGACGUGACAAUCCUCGAAUUUCUGAUUCACUUGCACUCGAAACGAGGAGAGCAUCACCGAAAGCAGUUGGCGAUUAAAAUCAUUGGACUGUUAGAACUUAAUUCUAAUAAUAAUGAGGAGAUACAGAGGGAGGCUGCGAAUAUCCGUAAGACUAGGUUUUUCCGAGCUCUGGCUAAGCAGUAUGUUUAUUAAAACUAAAUUAUCUUUUAAAUAGUUGGAAUUGAUUAAAGAUUUGUAUGUUGACUUAA